AAAAGGUACCUUUUCAUGGCAAGGACUAUAAACGAAGACGAUCAACCAUUGACAAAUUUGCAGAUCAUUACCAAAGCCUCAUCUUCAACACAUGGCAAUGUCUGUCGCCCCAGUGUCUGCCCUCUGUCUGCUGUUCCUGCUAUCUGUGUGCACUGCCUGCUACAUCUCAAACUGCCCCAUAGGAGGCAAGAGAUCAGCACUAGACUUCCCAUCCAGAAAGUGCAUGUCAUGUGGCCCGGGCAACAGGGGCCGCUGCUUUGGCCCCAGUAUCUGCUGUGGGGAGGGGAUGGGCUGCUACGUGGGCUCCCCAGAGGCAGCUAGUUGUGUGGAGGAGAACUACCUGCCUUCUCCCUGUGAGGCCGGAGGAAGAGUGUGUGGCUCUGAAGAGCGACGCUGUGCUGCGCCAGGGAUCUGCUGUGACGUGGAGGGUUGUAGUAUUGACCAAUCCUGUUUUGAGGACGAAGCUGCCGAAUACAUAAGCCAAUCAGAGAGCAGUAGCCAUGACCACGAUCUGCUGAUGAAGCUACUGCACAUGAUUAGCCACACCCCUCCCCACAGAGUCCACCAAUAAAACAGCCUCUAGGCGUUUUCAGGGACAGUCCUGAGUUGAAGGACAGUGUAAAAAAAAUCUGUUGCAUGUUUCAAUGUCAGAGGAAUACCUGCAGUAUGUACAUACAUUUUCUACAGCAGAUAGAUAUAGAUGUAAAAUAUGAGUUUUUGCUUGUAACUGCUUGUGUAAUGGCUUGUGCUCUAUGAGACAAAUGAAGCUUACAGUACAAAAACCUAACUGUCUGGUUAGUCACUGUUGCAUGUUUCAAGUCAACUCGGGUCUCAAGUAUUUCCAACACCAAAACACACACACUAAAACUCACCAUGAGAUGCUGCUGAAAUAUAUAAACGUUAUGGAUACGUUUUUGUGUUUAUGUGUGUACUGUAUAUGUGUCUUACCUUACGAUGCAGGAACAGAGCUGAGUCAUACAACCUCUGACAUCAUCUUUAUGAGACCAAAGUCCCUCUCAGCUGCCUGACAGUACAAUAGAUCAGGAGUUCUGGCUAUAAAAGGUCUUAUCUAAAGAUACAAACCGACAGCUUGUGAGAGAAACCCAUGUGGCCCAUAUAAACCUACGGUCCUAUGUCUUCUGAAGUGAAUGCUAAAGCCUAUGGUACACAGGCAAUUUCUUAAGGCAAUAUUGACGGGCAUCAUGCCCACCACCACACUGUCUCUCUUACAUGUAGUGAUGGGAAUAAAAACCUAAUCAUA